AUGGCACAGCCGUGCACCCCAGGCUACAGAGAGGGGCUGUGGCAGCCCCGCCGCCACUCCAACAGCGGUUCCGGCGCCACCGGGGGCCGACAGCAAGAUCAGAAGGGGCGGGCCAUUUCUCGGUGGCCACACGGGAAAGACAGGCCGGAACGACCACCGCCCUGCGACAGCGAAGCAAACCCGGCCUUGACAGUUAAUACAUCCCCGGCGGUCAGCGUCCCAGGGCCGGGGACCCUGCUGCCAGGCCCUCUGUGGGCCCGGGUCCUGCAGUCAAUGAUCCCCGGGUCCAGCGCAGGAGAGGAGCUGAGGCCCAAGGACAGGCGGAGAGCAAACCUGGGGGAGGGCAGGCGGGCAGCGACAGGAGGAAGACCUGCGUGGGGCGACCGAAGGGCGCCCGCGUCCCCACGUCCUCCUCCGCCCGCUACCCCUAACCCGCCGGCCGACGCGGCGCCCCACGAGCCGGAAGCUGGACUAGCCGACUUCGCCGCCCCGCGCUCCCCGGCUCGCACGGCCUCCGGCGGCUGCCACCGGCUCAGCGUGCGCACCGAGCCCCUCCCCGGCCCCCGGCCCCCGCACGACCCCGUGCUUUCCUUCGCGGGGCGCGGAUGCGGCCACCCCGGCCCCCGCCGCAGAGCAGCCGCCGGCCCGCGGCCCGCACGCCUGUCCUGCAACACCCGGCGUCUGCACCCCGCCCGCCCCGCGUUCCCCCCGCACGGCCGCGCCGCUGUCCGCCCCGCCCGCGCCCCCGACGGUCUCCGGCCCGCGCCCCGUCCCCGGCGCUCAGCUCCGCUCCUUCCCACCCCCCACCCCGCGUGCCGGCCGGAGCCUCCCCUCAGACUCUCCGCAGAGUCCUCCCCCUCGGCGCGGGGUCCUUCAGCUUCCGGACCCCUGACUCCGGACACGGCUCUUUCUGUCCGUGCGGCCGCCCGGUCGCGGCCCCCAGGGCCUCAGGAGGCGGCGGGACCCGGUCUUCUGGGAACCCUAAAGGCGCCAAGACCCCGACCGGAAAGGAAGGGGGGCGUUCCCGUGAAAGCCUUCCGGGGGGAGCACACGCCCUCAUAA